CAUGCUGGUAAAUGUAGUCACCAGAAGCGUCGAAAAUGGUGGAUGUUCAGCCUCCCCCUUUCCGGACCCUGGACGAUUUUCUGCUGGGUUCGGCCCGGUUCUCAGUGCCUGAUGUCCGUAACUUAGAUCGGUGGAACAACCGGAUCAUUAACAACCUGCUGUACUACCAGUCCAACUAUUUUGCCUCCUCCGUGGCAUUUCUGCUAAUAGUCGGGUAUUUCCAACCGCUCAAGUUGAUUCUUGGGGCAAGCGUUGUGAUCCUUCUGUUUUUGGGGUUUGUCUGGGUGGCUGAAAACAAGGCCGUAAUCCGACGUUUCCGGAGGAAUCAUCCAUCGCUGUCACUUGCUGCAAUUUUGGGCUCCAGCUACCUUAUUCUGUCUGUUUUAGGAGGGGUAGCUGUUUUCCUCUUUGGCAUUGCCUUUCCCAUUUUAAUGAUUCUCAUCCAUGCUUCAGUGAGACUCCGAAACCUUAAGAAUAAACUGGAGAAUAAGCUGGAGAGUAUAGGAUUGAAGAGGACUCCUAUGGGCCUGCUGCUGGAAGCACUGGGACAGGAACAAGAGGCUGGAUCAUAGCUGUGUUUACUGUUACCUAUCUGUGCCAUCGCUCACCCCUUCUAUCAUAGGAGCUUCUUGCAUAUCCUAAAAUAUAUAUGAAAACAGAUAUUGGAAAAUCAUGUAUGGCAUAUUGCUAAAGUCUCUCAGAAAUGCAGGAAGGGCCCAGUGGACAGGAUUCAAUUAUACGAUGCAGUAUAUGAAGGAUUGCUAAAAGUAAAGCAAAAAGUCAAAUUACAGUUAUGUACUGUAUAACUUUUAGGUGUCAAAAUGUAAAAACAACAAUUUAAUGCCUUGUAAAUAGGAUGUAGGUUAGUGUUAUUCAAUGCACAUUUUUAUAUGUGAGUAACAGUACAUUAUUGCUCCAUUCUAUGGAUUUAAUUAUGCAUAUACUUUAAUUCCAUCCCUUAAUAUAUUUUCUAUGAGCUUGAUUUUGUGAAUUGUGUUUGAAGGUUAUCUGAAGACAGUGUUUCUUUUGACUGUUCGUUACAUGACCAAAUAGCCUAUUAUUUUAUGAGUUUUAUUUCAUGUUGUGCCAUGCCAUAAGUUGUUUGCUCUCUUACAAAGUGCCAGUGUUAAUGCUUUUCAGUUGUUGCAACAUUAAUUAUUGACCAAGAAAAUGAAUCAUGUUUCCAAUUAUGUGGUUUGUGCAUCACAAAUUGGCAUUGCUGAGGAAAUUAACUGUAGCCAUAGACAUAAUAUUCUAAUAAACAGGUGUUACAGGAGGUGUAACAGACCACAGGCUGAUUAAAAUAUCUAAGAAAUGUAACGCCACUUAUCAUCAUUCUUACUUUGUUUGAUUCAAGCCAUUGCUUAAGUGUUAAUGAAGUAAUUUGUAUUUCAUGCAUAUUCAGUGUUUACAACAUUAGCUGCCUUGUAUUUUCAGGAAAUGCUCGUCCAGCGCAGUGGUUAUGAUAAAUAAACUUUCAUAUCUA